AAGAACUGAAUCAACAGCAAUUAAGGAGGGAACACUGAGCCAGCGCCAUGCUAAGCUGGAAGCUACCCAGAUUGCUGACUGUUCAGCAAGUGCCCAAAGUAUUUCAUGAAGAUAGCAUUAUAUGUGGAUAUCGCUCCCCGCGGAGCUCUGCCUUAGAUUGUGUCCUAAGUCUCUUCCAGAUGACCAAUGAGACCCUUAAUAUCUGGACACACUUUAUACCAUCCUGGUACUUCCUAUGGAGAAUGAUGUCUAUCCUGAUUUCUCCUGGAUCCCUAUACGAUCCAUUUAUGUGGCCUCUGUUGAUCUACCUUUUAUCCUGCUGCAUCUAUCCACUGAUGUCCACCUUUGCGCAUACCUUCAGUAUCAUGUCUACCCAGGCACGACACAUCUGCUUCUUUCUGGACUAUGGAGCUCUAAGUCUCUACAGUCUUGGGUCAGCUGUUGCUUACUCUGCAUAUGUAUUCCCGGACCGGUGGGUUAACAGUUCUUUCCAUCAUUACUUUGUGCCAUGGGCUGUUUUCAACACAAUCAUUUGCACGGCAAUAUCCUGCUACUCCAGGCUGGGUGCUCCCGUUCUGCAUUAUAACCAGGUUCUGGCAGAAAGGUUUCCAGAAGAGACUCGCCCACGGCUCAGCAAAGUAUUGCGGACGACUGCCUUUGCAUACCCCUACCUGUUUGACAGCAUUCCAUUGUUCUAUCGGCUGUUUCUGUGCUCUGGCGGGGAUUGCACACACAAUGCUGUGCUUACUCUGCAUUUCUGGCACACAGCUCUUGCCUUCCUAACUGGCUUCCUGUUUUCCACACACCUUCCAGAAAGGCUUGCCCCAGGGUGCUUCGAUUAUGUGGGUCACAGUCAUCAGCUGUUCCAUGUGUGUGGUAUCGUUGGCACAUACUUACAGAUGGAAGCGCUAAUUCUGGACAUGAAUCUGCGGAGGACAUGGCUACUGGAGAAUGGCUUUGUUCCCACAAUCUCACACACUGUGGGUGCCUGGUUUCUGGCAAUGACCAUUACUUUACUAAUUAUUGCUGUUUUCUCAUGGGCUCUCUACUGGAAGCCAAGUCCACCAAAGAAGAAUAAGAGAUUGUAAACU